AUGCAGUGUGACUGGGUCCAGUCUCAUACUGCCGCGGUUGGUGAUUCGGGCAAGCCUGACUUUACAAGCAUUCAGGUCCCAUCACUCAAAAGACAUGCGGCUUGUGACGAGUGCAGAAAACGGAAGUUAAAAUGCUCCGGGGAAGCAACAGGCUGUAACCGCUGUCUGAAGCAGUCCCUUAUCUGUCAUUAUUCCGUGCAGAAACAAAUGGGACGGCCUCCUAAAAAACGUGCAAGAGAAGAUAGCGACCAUCUGCCCCUCCUUGGUUGUUCAGGCGGCGAAAUAUGGUCUGAUCUGAAUAAUUCCCCAUUCAAGUCUUCAAGUCAUUGCUCGGAAGCUACGGCCGCAGCCGACGCAUUCCGUAUCUGCGCUCCUGUCUACAGUGCCCCGUUUAGCAUCCCGCACGCCUCUCGUCGCCUUUUAUCUGCAAACGAUAACCACAACCAUUCAUGGGAACUGAACCACGAAAAAUUCACGGAACCAGUCCCUGAAACAACUGGGCCUUGGCCAGACUUCUCCAGCGUAUCUGCAGCAACGCCUAAUCCGUUUGCGAUGCCACCAGGGCUAUCGCACAUACAUUCACCUCCCACAACUCCUUCGGACUCGGACUGCUCAGAAACUCAGUGUACAUGCUUAUCAUACCUAUAUCUAUGCCUUAGCCAUCUGUCCUCUCUUGCCCCAUUUCCAAUAUCUCAACAUACCCUAUGUUCACUUUUCAUUGCUGCGAAAACUGCGCGAGCAGUGAUUCGUUGUCAAACAUGUCCAACAAAAUUUGCGACAGCUAUGCAGAAUGUUAUGUUCACUGGGACCCUCCUGAAUAUCGUCGCUGAUGCCUGGCUACGAGUGUCAAAGACUAAUGCCGAAGAACUUGGGAAACAAGCGGCUCCGCCGGCCUAUGUGGCUGCUUUAAACAAGACCUCAGCUGACCCUACAGCGGCUUGGAAAGACUGGCUCCGGCAGAUAGUCCGGAGUGGUGUUAUAGGCGGACCUGCUGAUCCAGCUGGCUCAGUGACAUGUUCUGAUUCACCAAGUUUGCUCUCCCUGGUCCAAGAGAUGGAAGCACGCCAACGACAGUGGCAUCUUGAGCGGCACCCAGAGGCUCGUCCCGAUAAUUCUGACGCCGGAUCCAAGAAACCGGCUGCAAUUGGUCCUGACCCACGUGAUGAACAGGGCUGGCUCUGCUUUCGAGUGGCUAAGAGUGCCAGAGAAGUUAUUUCCAGAUUCGAAUUUGAGCCGCACGAAUACCCAGAUGGCGUGAUCUCUUGA